AUGGAGUCUACCUCUAGGUUCCUGUUCAGGGAUCACCAAGACAUGGACGAUUCCAUGCUCUCCGACGAGAGCACCAGUAUCUCUUCAAGCGAACAGUGUGAUGAUGAUGACGACGAUCAGCUGCAGUCCAUGACCGCCAAGGGUAUAAAACAUCUCUGCUCGGAGCUUCUCGAGCUAAAGGCGGCAUCUGAUGAGGAGUUUCACCAGAACAUCCUCUCUAAUUAUUCAACCUUUGUUAGAGUAUUUGAGGAAGUCGAAGGGACAGAGAGGCAACUGGUUCAAUUAAAAGGUCAAGCUUCAAAUCAAAAGAGACUUGUGCAGGAGUUCGUGGAUUGGUUGGAUCUAGAAUUGUCAAUAGAAGACACAGUGCAGCCGAUCGCCGUUGACCACAAAGCUGAGGAAUGGUUCCUAUUGAACAAGCUGCAGGCCCGCGCCAUCGAUGUCAUAGAGACUCUUGACAUUCUCUUGAUAGAAAAUAGAGUUGAUGAAGCUAUCGACAUUCUUGAAUUAGAGGACAAGAAUUUCGCGAUGUUGGACAGCAAAAUGAACUCUUCACCGAACAAUUUACAGUCAUAUAAGUCCAUGAUCUCUGAGAGGAAGGUCAAGCUCGUGCUUCAGCUAACACAAUUGGCUCAGAAUAAAAGAAUAACCGCACCGGAACUUCACAAGGCAUUGGUUGGUCUUGGAAGACUUGGCAACAGCAAUCUUGCAAUCCAGUUGUCGCUUCAAUAUCACCAUAAGCGUAUCGCAGCUGGAAUGCGCAACCUGCGACAAUCGAAAUCGUUGUUGAAUGAAGUAUACAUACGAGAACUCUCAAAGCUAGCCUUCUCUUUGAUCUCUCAAGCAGCAAGGAGCUUUGCGAUGCUGCAAGGAGAUGUAUCAGGAUAUGGUCUCGAAUUCAUCCAAUGGGUGCAUCAGGAAGUUGAAACUUUCGUCGCUUAUUUUGAUGAAUAUAUAAAGUCAGUUUCCGAAAUAAGUGGCAGCCUGUCCAUUGCUACACAAUCGAUGCAAUUCGCUUUAUCCUAUUGCUCUUUGCUAGAGAUGGAUCAACAGUUGGUAUUGAGGCCGCACUUGAUUGAGCAAAUACAACCUCACAUGGAAGAGGUAUUAGCAAUUCAUGUAGACCAUUUCAAGAAGGUGGUGGACAUAAUUAUGGCUACCGAUACUUGGAUUCUUAGUAAGCACCUUGUUUCGGGGAUUCUGGCUGGAGGAUAUUCGACGAUGGAAGUCGGUCAUCUGCCUGAAUAUUGUUUUCUUACGAAUAGCGGUCGUAAAUUAAUAACACUAUUACAGGCUGUUGCAGAAGAAAUUUCACCUUUAGUUGCUGCUCAGAUGGAAAAUUCAAUCACUAGAGGACUCACAGAUCUAUUCAUACACUAUGCUGUGAUGCUAAAAAAACUUGUGAUCAGCGAUUGCCCGAGUUCCAUCAAGAUAUUGACCGGACAAGUAUCUGCUUUGGUGAGUCUCUCGACUUUGGUAGGCCUUUUCUCCAGAAUACUCAGGAGUAGUUUCCAAACCGAUGGCAAAAUAACUUGUCGAAGUGAAGGUGAUGAGUAUGACGUGUGUUUAUCAUCUACUGAAGAGGCAUAUAACCGGCUUCGAGCCUGUUUCUGUCAGCUGUUUAUAUCUAGAGUUGCAUCUCUGCAAAGCAACGGGCAAACUGUUUCAGAAAUCGAUGCCCGAGAAGAGAAUCACUCCAUCGAUGAUCUGAUGCCUUCAGUUUUGUUUCAGAUGCUGUUCUUGGAGCUUAGGAAAAUAGAAGAACUUGCUGAAGAAGAUACAUUCGACCAUAGUUGGGUAAUGGAGCUCUUGAGGGAGUUGACAGAAGCGAUAUUUUCUUGGAUGUCGAAUGAUAAAACGAACUUGGACGAUGACGAUGUGACAAUCGAAUGUACAAAAAGUUCGCCACAGCUAUUUAUCUUGGACGCGCAAUUUAUAGCCGAAAUAGCGAGGCGCGGUGGAUACUUUUCUCAGAAUCCCCCGGCUUUGAUGGAUCUCUUGACGUCUGCAUAUCUCUCAGCUGGAUUGGAUCCUCAAAGGGAUUCGACCAGCGAUUCCUGGGCCAUUGCAGCCGCUGGUAAAGCAGUCGAAAAGCUAAUGAAGAUCGAGAAAAAUGAUGAUUCGAUGAGACAAUGCAAGGAUGCUGUUGAAGAAGAUGAUGAUCAACUUUCUGAUAACCAAUUAGCAAACGAGAGCAGCCCUGGAGUCGAUGACUCUACAUGCAUCAUAGCGGACGAUAGUUCAAUGUUGGAAGAAAAUUCGAGUGUCGGAGAUGCUUCGGAAGUUUCGAUUAGUGCUCCAACUAAUGAGUUGGAAGCAGAUGCCAACCUACUAAUCGAGUGUACUCCUUUAAGCAAGGAGUGUGCACCGGGGAAUGAGGAAUCUAAUGUGGCAGCUCAUGAAGUAUUGAGCUCUGGGAAAGCUAUGAACGCAGAGGAUCUCGAGGGUAUGGACGAUGAUAAGCUUAAGCCGCAACAGCUUUUUGUUGGAUUAUAA